AUGAUUUACUUUUAUUCAUUCUUUCGUUCAUUCUUCCUUUUCUUUUUCCAAUUUUUAAAUAUAAUAUUUUUCUUUCAUUUCUUCUUUUCUUUCUUUCUCCUAUUUGAAAAUAACAUUUUCUUUCUUUUAUUCUUUCUUUCAUUCUAUUUCUUUUUCCAUUUUGUAAAUAUAAUUUUCCUAGGUUCAUUUUUUUUUCUUUUCUAUCCUUCUUUCUUUAAUUUCAUUUUUUUGGAAAUAGCUUUUUUUAUUGAUCUUUCAACCCCUCCAUUUGUUUGUAUUUUUCUUUUCUUUCUCCUCUUUCUUAUUUUCAUUCUUUCCUUUUUCUGUCUGUCAAUAUUUACUUUAUUUCUUUGUCCUUUUUCAAAAAUAUUUCGUCCUUUCAUUCAGCUUUCUAACCUAUUCUUUCUUUACUUUUUCUUUAUCAUUCAGACUGCAAAAUCAAAUUCUUUGUUUCUUUUCUCUUUCUGUUGCAUUUAUUCGUUUCUUCUUCAACUUUGUCUUCUUUCUUUUGUCUCCGUUCUAUUUUUCUUUAUUUUUUCUUCAGUUUUCUUUUAUCUUUUCUGGUUCUUUAUUUUUAAUUUCAUUUUUCGCGUUCUUUCUUUUUUAUUUCUGCCAAAAUCAUUCACCCCUUUUACACUUCUUUUAAAAAUUCUUGUUUCGUUCUUUCUUUUAGGCAAUAUUUUUACCCAGAUUUCUUUCCUGCUCUUUGUUUCUAUCAAAAUAAUCUUUUUUUCCACAUUUUUUCAUCUGCUUUCUUUUAACAAGCUUUCAUUCCUUCCUUUUGUUUUCUUUUUUUUUUCACCUUCACAACUUGUCUCCUGUUUUCUCUGCUAUCUUUUGUUUAUCUAG